UUAUGCAUCCAGGGUGUGGAUCAUCACGGCACAAAAUCGCUUGAUCACAGGCACUGUUUGCGCACUCGCAACUGCAUCAUUCGUGUGUGGCAUGAUCAUAAGUGGUUUAAUAAUUGUCACGCGAAACCCUGAAGUUCUAUUCCAUACGAAGUGGAUACAAUUAGCGUCCUGCGCUAGUGCAUUAUGUGAUGCUGUCAUUACAGGGUCAAUUUGGUGGUUUUUGCGACCGGCGCGAACAGGCUACAUUCGUUCGAGGGGUUAUCUCAAUGAAUUGACGCUGGUUUUUAUUCAAAUGGGAUUGUUUUCCUUCCUUUUGGCAACUUCCAUGGCUAUGAUCUAUCAGUUCCAGGAGGGUCUUGGUAGUCAAUUCUAUACCGCUGCACCUGGAGCAGUGAUAGGAAACUCCUAUACUAUCUCGAUGUUAUCAGUGCUCAAUGCCAGGAAGUCCGUUCGCGACCGGGAACGACUUGCUCGCGACCUAAUAGAGCUUCCUGCGCUACCCACAAUACUUUGAUUUUUUUUAGUUCUGCUAGUACCAGAUGUAUGUUCUUUGGCCAGCGUAUGGGCCGUCCCAUCUAUCCCACCCCUUCCAGUUUUAAUCGUUAAUCGUAAUUGAUGCUCUUUACAUAGAAUCCAUGGACUACAUUCUCCAGAUAAGUAACAAA